AGUUUAUACGUACAUGAAAUUAUUGUUUUCUUCAGGAUAUUCUGAAAGAAAGAUUUUGGGUUGAGACUAGGGUUCGCAGAGAUCUGUAUUUAUUGAUAUAAUUUAAUUUUCUUGUUUGAUUCUAUUAUUUCCCUGAUUCUUCUCUUUAUCUAAACAUUUUUGGUUAAAAGUGAAAAUUUGGAGAAAUUUUGAUUGAAUUAGUGUCGGACUUUGGUCUAAUUUGUACACAUGAUUUUUUAAUUUUUGUGAUAGUUGUUGGUGUUUCCAUUUUACAUUUUUUUUCCUGGUAAAUUUCGUGUUACAGGGUUAAUUUCAGCAAUUAUUCAACGAAAAGCUUCGAUUUUUUUCCCUCUCUUUAUGGCCUAGAUUAUUUUUCCCCUUUUAGAGAUUAUCUGUUUUUUCUUUUUGUUUCCUCUUCUUCUUGGGGUGAUGAGAUUUUUUAAUCAUGCCCUAGUUAAGUAAAAAAUAUUUUGAUUUAGAGAAGCUCACCAAAUAAAAAUUUAGAGAAUUUCAUCCCAAAGUGCUGCCAUCUAAAAUAGCUAAUUCUUCAAUCUGUGGAGUGAGCCAAUUCCCAAUGAAAGGAAACGUGUCAAUUUUAUGCAAUAUGUAUUGAUGUCGUUUACGAAAUUAUAAUACCGUUGAGCAAAUUUGUCUAAGGUUUACCAUCUAGUUUUUCUUGCUUUCUCUGAUUUUGCCUGUUCUAUAUAUUCUGCAAUCUGUUAUACACAUUAUGUAUAUUGUUUAGGGUUAUAGCUUUAUUUUGAUAUUCAUGGUCUGGCCUUCAAUAUUUGGAAGUGUCGAUAAUCGCCAGUUGCACAUGAACUAGUAUCUGUAUGUCUCAUUUGAGUCUCUUUUUUUACUUCUUUAAUUUAUUUUCACAUUUGUUCCAGGAAUCUGUUGCCAGUUAGAUUAACUUAGUUUUCUCGCAUUAUUUGUAUAAUUGUGAAAGAGCAUGAUAAAACUGAUCGUUCAAGAAUGGACUUUUUUAUGAUGGGGAAGUGUACUCUGAAAUUUUAGUUCAUUACGGUAACGGUGAUUGUGUGGAUUGGCUUAGAAUGAGUGGCCGCGUGUUGGUUUAUGUCCAUGCUUGAAGUGACAAGUAAAUCAUACCUAACCAAUAAUUGACUGAGAAGUGAUCAUCACUUCUGUUGGUAAUUCAAAGAUGCUGAAAAGAAAAUGGUAGCCGAGGACUCCUCGUAGUGGCUGAAAAAUUACGAGAGAUGGUAUCUGGACUUGAGUUGUUAACUUUUUAGAAAAUAGUGUUUAGAUCAAGUUGAAACAAAAAAAAAAAUCAUGUGGCUGACAUCAAAUUUAUUGGGAACUGGGCAUAGUUUGUUGCUGUAGUGUUGAGUUUGACUGUUGAUAGCUAUUGAUGAGUGGGAAAAUAUAUCAAUGGAAACAGUCACGUAAGCUUUUUUUUUUCCUUGAAAUGCUUUCCGUAAGAAGUAAUUAUUUGUGAAUUGGGUUAUUUAUUUGCAUAAUUAUAUCUGGUUUGUUUUAUGAACUAGUUAAUUAACCACUCAUGUUCAAUGUAGCUUGAGGAUUGGCACAAGGGGCAAUGGCAGAUUUAGAGAAAUUGCUCCUGGAGGCAGCUGGGAGGACAACUGCAACUGGGAGGAAUCGCCAUUCAUCUCCACCAUCGAGAAGAUGGCGAAAAGGCUCGCAAACUGAUGAUGGAAGCGACUUCAAAAAUGAUGACUCGGAUGACGAUCACGGUUAUUUGAACAGAAAACCUUCUGGCUCACAAGUGCCUCUGAAGAAGAGGUUGGAUCCCACAGAAAGAGACAACGAUCGUAGUAGUCGGGAAGAUGUUGAUGAAGAUGAUGAUUAUGAUCAAGAGCGUGACAGUGAUGACGAUUCUGUUGGGAGUGAUCUGUACAAGGAUGAAGAUGAUCGGGAAAAGCUUUCGAAGCUAACUGAACUUGAACGAGAAAUGAUACUAGAAGCGCGUGCAACCAAGAGAAGUGACAGAGAUUUGACUGAAAAAUUUAAAAAAAUGAAGGGUCAAGAUAGAAAAGGGAGCCAUCCCACACCACCUACUCGCAACCUGCGCUCCAAAGCUGAAAGGGCAGGUGCAUUGGAUGAACUAGUUAAACGAAGAAGAGAUGCUAGGGGAGGUUCUGGCGGCCGAUACUCACCUGUAAAGAGGAGAUCUUUCGCCACGACCACUUUAAAUAGUCCUAGCCGGAGUGUAAGUGGAUCUCAUAGUGAUGAAGAAGAUUCAACGGGCAAUGUUGGAAUGGCUGAUAGUGAUGACGAGAAGACAUCCGAGUCCAAGACACUAACGUUUGAGGAUAUUAAGGAAAUUACAAUUCGAAGGUCAAAACUGGCUAAAUGGUUUAUGGAGCCUUUCUUCGAUGAACUGAUUAUUGGUUGUUUCGUGAGGGUUGGAAUUGGGAAGUCAAGGACAGGGCCUAUCUAUAGGCUUUGUAUGGUUCGCAAUGUUGAUGCCUCAGAUCCUGAUAGGCAGUAUAAGCUUGAUAACAAAACCACGUACAAGUACCUAAAUGUUGUCUGGGGCAAUGAAAGCUCUGCUGCCAGGUGGCAGAUGGCAAUGAUUUCAGAUUCUCCGCCCCUCAAGGAGGAGUUUGAUCAAUGGGUUAGGGAGGUCGAACGCAGUGGUGGUCAUAUGCCUAGCAAACAGGAGGUGUUGGAAAAAAGAGAUGCCAUACAGAAAACAAACACAUUUGUCUAUUCAGCAGCCACCGUGAAACAAAUGUUACAGGAGAAGAAGUCUGCCACAGGGCGACCACUAAAUGUUGCUGCCGAAAAAGAUCGUCUCCGGCGGGACUUGGAAGUUGCCAAGAUGAGGGACGACGAGGUAGAGGUUGAGAGGAUCAAAGCAAGACUGCUAGAAUUGGAGGUGUCGCGGCAAACCCAGGGGAAAGAUUCAAAGGCGAUUCGACUGGCAGAAAUGAACAAAAGGAACAGAGCCGAGAAUUUCAAAAAUGCAUCAGAAAAGAAACCUGUGAAUACAAGUUUGAAAGCUGGUGAGGCCGGGUACGAUCCCUUUUCAAGAAGAUGGACUCGAUCAAGGAAUUAUUACCAGUCAAACUCCGAUAGAGGAGCAGCAGCACCAGCAGGCGAGACAAAUGGUGAUGCAAUUGCUGUACUAGAGGUUGCUAAUAGCAAUGGAGGAGUAGAAGUUUUGGCCGAGGCUGGAAUGGCUGCUACAGCAGCAGCCCUGGAAGCAGCAGCUGAUGCUGGGAAGUUGGUGGAUACUAGAGCUCCAGUCGACCAAGGGACUGAAUCGAACCUGCUACAUAAUUUUGAAUUGCCCAUCUCAUUGGCUGUGCUUCAGAAGUUUGGAGGUCCUCAAGGAGCCCAAGCUGGAUUUAUGGCCAGGAAACAAAGGAUGGAAGCUACUGUAGGCUGUAAAGUGCCCGAGAAUGACGGGAGGAGGCACACGCUGACCUUGACAGUGAGCGACUACAAGAGACGGAGGGGGCUACUGUGAAUUUUAAUGUUAGCAAGCGACAGUGUUUUCUCCUGUGAUUCAAAUAUAGACAUUUAGUACAUUUUUUUCAAUAAAAUGUGCUACCUAGUGUGGUCUGUUAAUCUAAAAAACAGAACGGAAGAUUACUUGUAACAGAGUAGACUGUUUGGCAUUCGAAGUAAUAUACAAUCAUUUUCUGUUCAAA